AUGGCUGCCCCUGUGAUCACCACCUCCGAGUCCAAGGACCUUCGCGGUCUCAACAUGAUUGCGGCGCACUCGCACAUCCGAGGAUUGGGCGUCGACGCGAUGACGUUGGAGCCGAAAGCUGCGUCGCAAGGCCUGGUCGGACAGGAAAAGGCGCGCAAGUCCGCCGCUGUCAUGCUGCAGAUGAUCAAGGAAGGCAAUGUGGCCGGUCGCGCGACAGCCCUCGCCAUGGGAAUGGCGCAAUCGCUCGGCCCAGACGUACCUUUCACAUCCCUCGCCGCCUCUGAAAUCUACUCUCUCGAAAUGUCAAAGACCGAGGCGCUCAAGCAAGCCUUUCGCAAAUCCAUCGGUGUCCGGAUCAAGGAAGAAAGCGAAAUCAUGGAGGGCGAGGUCGUCGAGAUUCAGAUUGAUCGUAGUGUAACGGGGAGCGCGAAGCAGGGCAAACUCACGAUCAAGACUACGGAUAUGGAGGCGGUGUACGACAUGGGCAACAAGAUGAUUGAUGCAAUGACCAAGGAGCGCAUCAUGGCGGGUGAUAUCAUCUCCAUCGACAAGUCGUCUGGCAAGAUCACCAAGCUCGGCCGAUCUUACGCACGCUCGCGCGACUACGACGCCAUGGGUGUCGACACCAAGUUCCUCCAGUGCCCCGAUGGCGAGCUGCAGAAGCGCAAGGAGACAGUACACACCGUCACACUCCACGAGAUUGACGUGAUCAACUCGCGGACACAGGGUUUCCUGGCAUUGUUCUCGGGUGACACGGGCGAGAUCCGCAGCGAGAUCCGCGACCAGAUCAACAUCAAGGUCGGAGAGUGGAAGGAGGAGGGCAAGGCUGAGAUUGUUCCCGGCGUCCUGUUCAUUGACGAAGUCCACAUGCUGGACAUUGAAUCCUUCGCCUUCCUCAACAGCGCUCUCGAGGAUGAGCUAGCGCCCAUUGUGAUCAUGGCGAGCAACCGCGCAAACGCCAAGGUCCGCGGCACCGACUACCGCAGCCCGCACGGCCUGCCAUUCGACUUCCUCGACCGUGUGGUCAUCAUCAAGACCCACCCCUACAGCCCGGAGGACCUCCAGAAAAUCUUGAGUGUCCGCGCGCAAGAAGAGGAGGUUGACCUGUCGCCGGACGCACUAGCCUUGUUAACCAAGGUCGGUUCGGAGACGGGUCUCCGCUACGCUGCCAACCUGAUCACAACGUCGCAAUUGAUUGCAACGAAGCGCAGAGCCAAGCAGGUCAGCGUCGAGGACGUGCAACGGAGUUUCGCCCUGUUCUACGAUCCCGCGCGGAGUGCCAAGUUUGUUGCUUCGUUUGAGCAGCACCUACUAGGCAACAACGGAGCGGCUGCCGGUUCAGGCGCGAAUAUGGACACGGUCAUGACCUAA